AUGGGCUUUGAGACAUUCCUUGUUGGUUACUCUGGCUCGAAGCCCAUUCCCUCUCUCCUGUCCAUACCCCACGUAAAUUUCCUUUACCUCUCCGCUCCGCCCGCCUAUCUCGCCUUGCUUCCCUUCUGGCUCUCCGCGCCACGCAAGGUCAUCCACCAGGUCGUCAGCAUCCUGCACGCACUGCUCGUCAGUAUACCAAAUCCUCCCGAGUUCAUCGUCGUCCAGAAUCCUCCUAGCAUCCCGACACUUGCGCUCGUGUGGUUCGUCGCGAAGAUCCGCGGGAGCAAGGUCAUCAUCGACUGGCAUAAUCUGGGUUAUAGCAUUCUUGCAUUGAAGCUUGGCGAGCGUCAUGUAUUCGUGAAGAUCGCUAAAUGGUUCGAGCGGUAUUUUGGACGCUCAGCAUACGCGCACUUAUUUGUUACGCAUGCAAUGCGCGAGUUUCUCGUCAAAGAAUGGGACCUAAAAGGACACAAAGCAGUCCUGCAUGACCGCCCUCCUGCUCACUUCCAUCGCGCUUCUCCAGCAGAGAUCCACGAGCUCUUCCUGCGCCUGGCACCAGCACUCUCCACGCCCUCCCUGACAUCUUUCCUGCCACCAUUUUCUCCGCCGUACUCUACGCCUUUCACUGCAACCCCUACUUCGUCUACACUUACUUCUAUACCGCAGUCCCCUACGCCCGACCUUUCAGAGCUUUCGGAUACCGACUUCGCGCUGGGAGGAGCCGCAGCGCCGACACUGCGCGCGGAUCGUCCCGCCCUACUUGUGUCCAGCACGUCCUGGACGCCGGACGAAGACUUCAGGAUGCUCCUCGCCGCGCUGGAGAUGUACGAGCGGCGCGCACGCGCCCGCUCUCACGAGCAGGCGCGGGAGAGGCGCCUCCCAAAGGUGCUCAUGGUGGUCACGGGGAAAGGCCCGCUGCGCGCCAAAUAUAUGCGCCGGAUCGAGAAAAUGCAGAGGGGCGACGCGGCACAGGAGCCGUGGCGGUUCGUGCGGUGCAUAAGCAUGUGGCUUGAGGCGGAGGAUUAUCCGCGUUUGCUCGGAUCGGCGGAUCUGGGCAUCUCGCUGCACUCGAGCUCCUCCGCGCUCGACCUGCCGAUGAAAAUUGUCGAUAUGUUCGGGUGUGAGCUGCCGGUCUGUGCGCUUGGCUUCGCGUGCCUAGACGAGCUCGUGAAAGACGGGGUAAAUGGGCUCAUCUUCAACGACGCUGCCCAACUGGCCGACCAGCUCGAGACCCUUCUCACGUCAUAUCCAUCCUCGCAUGCUCUCGCUACCCUGCGGGCGUCCCUCGAGCAAACUCCCGCGGCAGGUACACCCUCAGAUGGGCAGCGCAGAGCAUCAGGCGCUGAACACUGGGAGUGGGGUACGUGGUCGCAGAACUGGAACAGCGUUGUGAGGCCGCUGGUGUUGAGUGAUGUGGGGGGAGGCGAUGAGAUAUAA